UCGAGUUCUUCUCGUAAGCCCAUUCUUCUCAGAUCGAAAGUCAUACGUAAUGGAAAUGUAGUGGGCGCAUGGUAACUUUUGAUCAUUAGACUGAAUCUUGACUUCAUUUUCUUUUAACCACAAACUGAUGACACAUCUUGCUUGUGCUAUACAUGCUAUACAUAACAUCUGACAGCUGAACAUACAUCACAUGGAAAUCCGACUUUCUGACUGUAGUUUUAAAAUUUCCGGCACUACCUGAAGACAGCAUAACAGCCAAUGAAUCGGGUAGAGGGCUCGAAAGAGAGGGGUGGGUGUGACGUCAUGGCAUGGUGCCCCGUCCAUGUUUGGCGAAGAAGAAGUUUGUACCUUUAGUGAAACUCUGGACACCAUUCGUUUAGGUGACAGCUAGAGCUUAGGAGAAGCCAAAGUAUUUAUUCAGAACUUUUCAUUUUGCUUUAGGGCUUGUCAUAUCAACGCAGCAUUAAAUAAUGUUUUAUGUAAGGUGACCUUGCUUAAUUUGUCAGCAUUAUUAAGUAAACGUCAUCUAAAAAACCUGGCAAAGACCAGAGCGGACGGUUCUGAAUUAAUGUCCCACUCAUGUUAAAAUGAACCGCGAAUUACUGUGUCGCUCAGUAGCCUAGCUAACGUUCCUGGAUGGCUUGUUUAUUUUUCGUUUCCCACAAUUAAUAAAUCGCCUCCUAAUUUUUGGGAGAGACUCGCAUCCUCCGCCGGGUGGUCUCGUAUGAACCGCGUCGAAGCAGCGACGAGUGGUCGGGGGCUCCGCCAGCAGAGCCGGGCUUCAGGAUGAGGAUGCCCAGAGGAGGACGCCUGUUCCUGGCGACGUGCCUCGGCUCGCUCUUCGUUCUCGUGCUUUACUUUCAGAGCAUCACCAAGUCAGGCAACUGAAAAAAUGGAGAGCAGCUGUAAUCACAUCGAUGUUUGUUUGGUCUUUCUAACUGUAGAACCUUGUGUGAAGACAGGCAGCAGACGAGGGAAAAGCAGGAGAAGUCCACUGCAGACCCUCUACAAUGGAGACCAGCAGCUGGAGCUGUUGGCAGCUCAGAGGUCCCUCCAAGGCCGCAGGGAGCUGUUGGGGCAGGCAUGUCUAAACCACAUGAGGAAGCGGCAGGUUCUUUCGCCUGAGAAUCUCAAACACCUCAUUGUGGAUGAUAAACACAACCUUGUUUACUGCUACGUACCCAAGGUAGCCUGCACCAAUUGGAAGCGUGUUCUUAUGGUCCUCACCAGUGACGGCCGCUAUACUGACCCCCUUGCCAUCCCUGCAAAUGAGGCCCAUGUGGCAGGUAACCUCCGCACACUUUCUGAGUUCUCAGUCCCUGAGAUUAACCAACGCCUUCGCAACUACCUCAAGUUCAUCUUCGUGCGGGAGCCCUUUGAGCGCCUGGUGUCUGCCUACCGGAACAAAUUCACUCGAAGCUACAACACCGCUUUCCACAAGCGCUACGGAACCAAGAUCAUCCGCCAGCACCGGCCCGAUCCGGAGCCUGAAGCGCUAGAGAAAGGGAAUGACGUUUCUUUCCACGAGUUUGUCAAGUACCUCGUGGACCCUCGGACCCAGCGGGAGGAACCUUUUAAUGAGCACUGGGAGCGGGUUCACUCCCUCUGCCACCCCUGCCUGAUCCAUUAUGACGUAGUGGGGAAGUACGAGACUUUGGCACCAGAUGCUCAGGCUGUGCUCAGGUUGGCUGGAGUGGAGGGGACGCUUCAAUUUCCAAUGUCUGGUAAGAGCACCAGGACUGAUGGCAACAUGGCAGCACGCUUCUUUAAGCAUAUCAGUCCCUUCUACCAGAAGAAACUGUUCAACCUAUAUCGAAUGGACUUCCUGCUCUUCAACUACUCCACACCAGAGUACCUCAGGACUCGCUGAGGGGCAGAGAUAAGAGGAUUGCCAUCAGUGCACUGUUUUCCUUUUUAAAUCCCCUUCAGACUUUAUGUUAGUGAUGAUCCAUGGACUCAUCCCUGCCUAGAGUGGUCAAUCACAAGCACUGACUUGUUACUAUGACUCCAACAAAAACGAAGGUCUGUGGCGAAGGACUUGAUUUUCUGGUUUCAGUGAAUGAAACUGUCUAAAUGAAACCACAUUUCUUCCUGAGAAGAAAAGUCAGUUUGUGCUGUAAUCUGAGAAGCAUCUGUCCUAUGUUGGUUUGCUUUCCAGUUUGUAAACGAUGUGUUAUUUUGAUGUUUAACAGAAUGCAGAGGGGUUGUUCCCAAAAUUUUAAUUUUGUUGUGUGGUCAUGUAGUAUGCCGUACCAGCAUCCCUGCAGUGCCCACUACCGUAAAAAUUCUCCCAUGGCUUGUUUUUCUGAGAAUUAAUGAGCCAUAAAUUUAAUCCCACUUCAGAGGAGCAGGUUCUCCUCUUGUAUGGGUAUACAGGUGAAUGUGCUGACUGUGAAACUGAACACAGCUGAUUCAAUCAAAGCACCUACAGUACAAUAUCUGUGUGUGGUAGUAAGGAUUAGGGCUCAUGAUUUUGUGAAAAUCUUAUGAAAGAAAGGAGGGGUUUCUCUUGUUCGGUGAAAUUUUAUUUAUUUUUCUUUUCUUUUUAAUCCACCUACAGUCAUCUCCACUACAGGGCAUUGUUCAGAAAAUGUGACGGAAUUUAUGGUAAUAAUAUGGAGGUUAAUGUCAGAAAAUGUUUAUUAAUGGCCUGUACUGUGAAAAUAUUAGUUUUAACAAAUGUCUUCAUACAGUCUUAAAUGUUUAAAGGGGAAUUCCACCUAUUUUACACAUCGAAGUCCGUUUACAGGUGUACUGCAAAUGUGAUAAAGAGCCUUUUGUGGCUCCAGAGCAUAAAAAUCACAUAGUCUGAUAAAUAAAUUGCACUUAAGUCAGUGUCAGUUGAGGCUGAAGACUCAAAUUAGAAAAUGAAAAAAAUCUGGGCGUGUGGAGUUAGAAUUGAGCCUACCAGACCACUGUUGCCCGCUCCUCAGAACAUCUUGGGACUACCCUGUUUAACAAGAUACCAAUCUAGCCUGGGUGAAUUUGAAACAUUUAAUGAUGGGAUUCAUCUGGACCUGCCACCUAGUUAUCCCUGAGAAUAACAAGAAUUCACCACAACACACAAAAUAUUUCCAUUAAAAAACACAUGCCCCGCAGUCAGGAUAUUAGUUCCAGUUUUGCUCAAAAAGCGUGCUAGCGCAUGUUAAGACAAGUUGGCAUUGAACUAGUAGGAAACUGUUUAAUUCCAUCUCUUUAUCUUCCAGAUUUCUUUAAUAAAAUAUUUAUCUUGCUGAAGAACACUGUUAGGGAGGCCCACUCUGGAAAGAUUGAUUUUUCUUUUUAUGCCUGCAGUCAUGCUUUGAAAAGUGCAAUAUCUGUGUGAGUAUCUGUAAUGUGUUAUAAGCUGUCUUUAUCAAUUACUUCCUCUUAUUCAGUCUGUAAAUUUGUGCUAUAAUACUUGCCACAUUUUAUUUUUCUGUCUGGCUGUGAUUGCAGCCAUAGGUUACAAGAUUGUGUGUAGCAGUGUGAUUUUAAGCCAUAAUUUGCAAGAUGUGACUUGCUAAAACCCAAACACCCUUCAUGUUUUGUCUUCCUAAUGGCUCAAUGAAAUGCUGCACAAAAUGUUUUACUUUUAAUUUCCUUUUUUCCUGGGAAAUACAGAAUACAUAUAACAAGUAACUUGUACUUUCAAAGGGAUAAAACAUACUGUAUAUCCAUAUAAAAUGACCAGACGCUGCUGUGUUUGAACACAGCUAGUCAGACAUCUCCAGUCAUUUCUGUAGAAAUGUUCCUUUAGUCAUACCUGAGACUUGGUGAGUUAUUGUGAAAUAGUAAACAGAGCACAAUCUGAAAGAAUCUCUCAUGUUCCAGUUUACUUGUGCCAUAAAACUGUGAAUGUGAUGACUGAAGUGCACUUGCUGAUUUGACGGUUGACUGGCUGGUUACCUUGAAGUUUAAACAAAUACAUUCCCUUAACAGCA